GCCGAAGCGUGGAAGUCCUUAAUAACUGUAUAUAGAAUAGGACUGCAGUCUUGGUCUGCAGGCAGCCUGUUGAAUUUAUAACACAGGUCUGUCAAAAGGAAGCACUCCUUACGAACAGCCUGCUGAAUCAGGCCAAUGGCCCAACUAGUUCAGCAAUGGAUGCACUUUUGCCCUGAUCCAGAAAGGCUAAUUUUUGGUUUUAUCAUUUGUAUCUAGUUUAAUUUCCUCCGUUAUUUUAUUCGAUAGUUUUUUGAGAGGGGAGGUUCUCCCUUGCUUUUUAAAUCUGCUCUGUGACUCCACUGUGUUUUUAGAAACCUAGACAGUGGUACCUUGGUUCUCAAAUGCCUUGGUUCUCAAACGCCAAAAACCCGGAAGAAAGUGUUCCAGCUUUCAAAUGUUUUUCGGAAGCCAAUCGUCCGAAGCGACUGCCGGCUAUUGUUUCCGGGGCACCUGCACCAAUUAGAAGCUGCGGGGACCUUCGACAGCAAAGCAGGUGCUCUCUACCACUGAGUGUUGGCCCUAAGGACCAGACUGGAUUGGCCCCGGCAUACGUGUUAUGUAUUCAGUGGUCUGUGUUUGGCUGAGCUUGAGUAUGGAGCUCCUUUGUUCUGAUUCGAUACAGGGUGUCCAAUCACAGGGCACUUCAGGAUUUGGGCCUCUGCCAUUGGCCCUUGAACUUCUGAGUUGUGAUUCGCACCUUGGAAGUUUAGACAGCCAAUCACGUUGGGAGUGGGAGUGGCCAAGGCUUUCAGAAAUGUAUAUAAGCAGUUGUCUUGCCCCUGUUUUCCCAGUUAUGUAGUUCAAUAAAGGUUCUUGCUGUUAUCACUGUGUCUUGCCUUGAGUACUUCAGUACGGGCAGCUUUGUAUGUUCUCGUGCAAACGCCACAGACUUUCUAUGUGUGAAAAGAGGAUCCUCAACAAAAGGGAACGUCCUAAUCUGGGAACCCAGGGGCCUCCCCUUCUCCUUUGUGGGCUGAAGUGGAUGCUUUGGCUCCCCUCCAGCUCCCAGCAACGACCUCACCAGCAGCAGCUCGAGUUCUUUAGAAUUCUCUGUCCCUAUUCAGGAAUCACAACUUGCAAGGGACAGAGCCCAGAAGCUCUGUUGCUUCUCCCUUCCCACUCCCCACGUUGCUGCUGCGUUUACUGCACUAUAUAGAUUUUUAUAUCCUUUUAGGGCAUCAUUUGGCACCUGGGCAGGAAGGUGGUCUUCUUCUCUCUCCCCCAAUCACCCUGCCUGAAGAAGAAGAACUCUGUGCUUCUUGAAAGCUUCCCUUCUCUUCCAUCAGGAGGAGCUAGUUGAGAAGCAGGCCAGCGCUUUUUGCCAUUUUUGCUGGGAAAGCCAGGAGGCGACUUUCCUUGGACAUGGGCUUUCUCACGGCACUUCCCCUGGGAUCACCACCCUGCUGCUAUCUUGGGAGCUAAAGGGUGCUUGUCGGGAGAGACAGAACUUGCUUCCUUAAAUUGUACCUUUUGUCUUUUGUCGCAUCCAGUUCACUUUGCCCUUUGCAAAGGCUCUCCUCCCCCCCAUCUAUAACCCCCUCAAUUUCUCUCUCCUGGGAGACAAUGAAGCUUUUCAAGCUGAGCCUGAGUUGGACUUUCUUCCUUCCUUGGCUGCAGGUGCCAGGAGGCGAUGGCUUCCUCAUCAGGAAUGCCCGUUUGGAAAAGUGCAUCCAUGCCUCGUCCCACGAAUUCGGAAGGGUUGGCCUGGCCGACUGCAAGCCCCAAUCUGCACAAUACCACUGGAGCUGGGAUGCCGCCACCCGAGCCAUCGUCCACUGGAAGACCGGGCUGUGCCUGACGGUCCCCAAAACGCAGGAAUUUGCACCCGCUCAGCUGGAGUCCUGCGGAGGAGACAGGGCGCGCCAAGCCUGGGUGUGCAGCAGGAAAGGCCACCUCACUUUGCAAGGCCUGGGGCUUCACCUCAGCACCAAGCAGGAGGGACACAAGGCCUUCCUCGCCCGGGAGAAGGACAAGUUCAGCAGGUGGAAGACCGCGACGGACGAGAUCGUCUGUGCUGCAGACCUGGCAGCGGCCCCUGCGCUCGGCAUCUCAGGGGAGGAAUUUGUAGACCCACAGGUUUGGGUCCCCGAAGAUAAAACUAUUGCGUUGUCAGAGAUCGGCACCUCCUUUAUAGACACCAGACCCACAUCUCCAGCCAUCGUUGAUGAACCUAAUACCACCAGCAAUCUUCCAAAGAACGAAGAUGUCAUCCUGGAAGCAGGUGAUGAAAGGCACAUGCCUCAUAAGAAACAUCAGAGGAAGGGCGCAGCUUCCCGAUUUACAGGGACCAACUGGAAGACGGUCAUACUUGUCCUGAGCCCGCUGGCCUUUAUUCUGGGAGUGACAAUCCUCAUUCUCAAUAUCCGGUACAACAGGAAGAAGCGGAAGCAGAAGCUGUCUCCUUUGAAGAGCUGCCGUGUGGUUCACGAGGAGCGGCCGCCCUUACCUAGGGCACCUAGCCCCAGCUCCAAGGGGCAGAUCAUCCCAGCAUCCCCCACUCCUUCGCUGAAGCAUGGCGAAAUCUUGAUCGAAUGGAAGGAUGGGACCAUCACGCCGCUCUUUGACAACAUGAACUAUCAAAUAUGCUGAACCUGAAGGGCGCUGACUCUGUUGCUUUCAAAGCAAGUGUUUCUGGCAGGGCUCGUUUGACCGAGAUCCAUGCAGCCUAUUUCAUUAGACUAACAGUCCGGAUAAGAAAGCAGGUCACCUUGAGAUAAUUUCCUUAAUAAUCACAUUUGCACUGCACAGCUACGCAGCUAGGCACAGAACUUCGCUUUGUCUCAAAAUGUACAACCGGGGUUGCCUGCAUUAAGGAACGGCCAAGGGGCUAGGCUAGGCUGCUCUGAGAUAGUACAGUCCUCUCACAGGGGAUGUAUUUGCAUGAAAUCUAAUUCUGGAUCAGGCAGGUUAGUUAUCAAGCAUAUCUGCCACCCCCGUGUAGGUGGCAGGUAUGUCAAGAUGGCACCUUCCCAUCUCACGCCGGUGUGGUACAGUCCUCCCAUUAGAACCAGUCAACCUCAGAAAUGCAAGUAUGAAAUCAGUCUCUAAAAACCUGGUGCCUCGAUGGAGAUUGUUUGUGUCACAGUUCAGGCCCUUGUGCUUCUUACUGUCUGACUGCAAAGGGCUUUUUCCAGUCCACAUUGGGGUGUCAGCAAACCUUUUCAGCAGGGGGCCGGUCCACUGUCCCUCAGACCUUGUAGGGGGCUGGACUAUAUUUUGGAGGGGGGGAAAUGAACGAGUUCCUAUGCCCCACAAAUAAGCCAGAGAUGCAUUUUAAAUAAAAGCACACAUUCUACUCAUGUAAAAACACGCCGAUUCCCGGACCGUCCGUGGGCUGGAUUGAGAAGGCGAUUGGGCCGGAUCCGGCCCCCAGGCCUUGGUUUGCCUACCCAUGGGUUAGCCUAAGACACUGGAGAAAAGGGUUGGGAUAUGUGUGCCCAUGUCGGACCUAAAAGAGGAGGACAGGCAGCAGCAACAAACAAGAGCCAGCUUUUUGUGCAAGGUCACCUUGGGGCAAUCUUUACUCACCCUGGGCGAGCGGCUUGUUUGCAAGCAGCGAAGGAGGAUUAUAAUGCAGCUAUAUAUAGAACUUUGGAUUCAGCUAACACAGCUUUUUCUGGGAGGCUAACAAAUACGGUCUCCUUGGCUAUGGCUUAGCUUCCAAUAAGGACAUACCAGGCAUUACAGAAUGAUGUUGGGGUGUUAGUUCCUUGCCUGGAAGUUUGUCAGGUUGGAGAAGGCUGCUCAAGAAAAAAAAGGUUUGAGGGAAAGCUGAGUGAUGAGCGGCCCCUCGGGCAACAGGGGAUACACAAGGGAGAGUGAGCUGUUCUUAAGGACUUAGUAGCUUGCUUUACUCAUGUCCGGCUUUCAAAGGCAAGCUGUGGCUCCCAAAAGCAGUGUGCAGUAUUAAAACCAUAGUGAUACAAUGACAUCCUUAAAAAAGAAGAGGCAAUUGAAUUCUUCUACUGUUCACGGCAGAUAUUAACUGGAGCAUGCCGCUGCUCCCAGCUCGAUUGUUCUAGAUGUCACUAACUCCAGCCUGGCACCCUCUGCCUUCACUCAAGCGACUUGUUUUAAACCAGGCUCAAAAUAAAGGAAUAAACCUGAAUGGGGAUUAUUUAUUUAUUUAUUUUAACAAAAAGCACACAUCCAC